CCAAUACCAAGACCAAAAGCUCGCUCUAUUAGUCUUUACUCUUGGGAAUUGGAGCCGAAGCAAAUGAUGGGAAAUCUCCCACUCGACAUAAUCGCCGACAUCCUCAGCCGUUUGCCUGUUAAGCAUCUCCUCUGCCUCCGAUGCGUUUCGAAGCUGUGGCGAUCUUUGAUCGACGAUCCUGAUUUCAUCAAGCUGCACCUCCGCCAAUCCCUCAAAUCCCACACUAACCAUACACUCAUCCUCAAAAUGUCCGAUCUUCACGCCGCUGAUCUUGCUUGUCUCGGUCCUUUCGCCAAGCUCGAACAGCCUUUGAUGAGUUACAACCAAGGAAUCAAGAUCUUGGGAUCUUGCAACGGCUUGCUCUGCAUAAGUAACAUAGUUGAAGACAUGGCUAUUUGGAACCCCUCCACUAGAAAGCACCGAGUUUUACCUUCUCUCGGUUAUUGCAAAGGUUACGUUUACGGAUUCGGUCACGACCCGAUUACUGAUGAUUAUAAAGUUGUUAAAAUUAUGCAGCUUGGUGGGGUUGAUGGAAAGGCUUUAGAAUCAGAAGUUAAAGUUUGCAGCUUGAAGAUAAAUAGGUGGAGAAAAAUUCAAGAUAUUCCUUGUGUAUAUUCGUUUCCUGUAGCCGAUGGGGUUUUUGCUACUGGAGCUUUACACUGGGUUCUGACUCAAAAAGUUCAACUUUCCGAGAAAAAUGUGAUUGUUGCGUUGGAUUUAGGGGCUGAAAAUUUCAGGGAAGUACCACAACCUGAGUACAAAGAUAAGAUAUUUCAAUUGAAUGUGGGGGUUUUGGGAGGCUGUUUAUGUGCGAUAGCUAAUUAUGAUCAUGUUCGAGUUGAUCUUUGGGUGAUGAAGGAAUAUGGAGUAAAAGAGUCUUGGACUAAGCUAUUUUCUAUUGCAAGUGAAGAGGUGAUUGGUUCUUUGAGGUUUGUGAAGCCUCUUGCUUACUCAAGGAGUGGUGAUCAAGUUUUGUUGGAACAUGAUAAUAUCAAUCUCUUCUGGUAUGAUUUGAAGAAGAAGAAGAAAGUCAAUGAUGUCUGGAUCCCUGGUAUGCCCCAUACCUAUGAAACAGAGAUUUGGUUGCAAAGCCUCGUUUCACUUGAUGUCAACAGAAGGCAGCACGAUGGAGAGGAUAAUAAGGGUAUCAAGAAGAUGGAUGAUUUCCUGUCAGAGGGGUUCAAACUAGUGUUAUAGUCAGGUGAACAAGGAGGCAGAACAUGAGUGGUAAAGGAUUGAUUAUCCCAGCUGAAAUUGUGAUAAGAGGUGGGAUCGAACUCCUUGUAGAAUUAAGCUGCUGUGUAGACAAGAGGAAGAGGUGAAGUGCUUAUUGGAAGAGAAACAGGGUUCAGGCCUUCAGGGUCACUGAAAUACUGCAUUUCAUAACUACUAGCUAGUAGUACGAAAUCAGAAUGCUUUCUAUGGCUUUUGAUCUCCUAGUGUUCUUCUCGGCAAGACUAUUAUACGAGAGAUCCUAUCAUUGGCUCCCAAGUUUGUCUUUAAAUGCACUCUCAUACUUGUCUGCAACAUAGUGGUCUUGCUGGUCCUUUUGGUGAAAUUGUGUUGUGUUCUGUAGAAUAAUCAAUGUUUGAGAAAUUUAAAACCUUGUUAAUAUAUAUAUGCUUGGUUGUCAAAAUUUGAAGUUAUUUGCAUAUCUAAAGAUGAAAACUUGUAACAGUCUUUGUUCUGAAUUUGGAUUGUUUACUGGGGUGCCAGCUUACGUGAGAGUUUGUAACAGUUAAAAGCAUGUACUCGUUUUGGUUAUUCAGUGUCCCUCUUUCGAGACCGACAAUGGUGACUUUGUUGCCACAAAGAAGGGUGUUUACUAUUUAUCCGGCUGCACUGUUAUACACUUGGUUCACCUUUCUCUGGUUCACCUUUCUCUGUGCCAACGUGACCUCACCCUCAUAAGAAUAGUGCCACCAUGCCACCACCUGUAAUUGUCACGCUCCAUAUUUCAAAUUCAAAAUAUAUAUAUUAAGUGAAAGAGGAUUUAUAUUUGUAAACCUAAGACCAAUUAUUCACUUAGAUUUUUAAAAAUUAAUUAGUUUAUGAUAUGUUUAUUCAGCUAAAAACUCAAUCCAUCCUUUAUUUAUUUUGCAAAUGUUAAUCAAGCACUGCUAAUACAUAGUAAAUUCAUUUUACGAUUUGUGCCAUGAGUUUUUUUUUUUUUUUUUUUAUCAAUAUGUUUUUAUAGUUUUGAAAGCUUCUAUUGUAAUUAGGUUGGAAUUAAUUUAAUUCUUAUAAUAUCGAGUUAAUUUUAGAAUUCACUCGCUACCACUACUUCACAUUGACUUAUUGUUAGGGCAAUGACAUCAUCACAGCCGCUAAAAGUGAUGAUAAAAACAAACUUGGUGAGACCGUCCACAGCAAACAAUUCCCAGCAACCUUUUUUUGGUAAUUUCAUAUCACAAAGAGUAAAAUAGGAAAAUUAAAAUUA